UACAUGCUACCGAACCCAGCCUUCGAAGUGGCCAAUCAUGGGAGAGCCUCCAUUUUUGAGGUUUGAUUCAAAAGCAUAAUACCAACAACCCCAAUACAAAACAAGGAAAAGAGAAAGAAGAGAAGGAAAUACAAAAGAAUGGAGGGUCUGCUUCCAAUGGUUUUCAAGGCGAUCAAAAGGAACAGAAGUCGGCGAAAAUACAGAUGCCUUUCAUCCGGUGCGGCUGAGAGUUACAUGAGCAUCUCAGAAGACUACUACGUUGAGCCCGGGCCGCACACGAUGAGUAUGAUGAUGAGGACCACGUCUGCUUGUUCCAUGCCUCAAAUUCAAAAGAUGAAGGCUCACCGCCGCCACAAAUCGGUGGGGGACUAUGCAUUUGGAAUGUCAACGCCGGAGACUAUUCACAACACAAUAAGAGAUGAUGGUUAUGAUGAUGUUGGUGUUCGUGUUGGUAAUAAGAAAGCUCAACUGGUGCGGUUUAGUAGUCGCCGGUUCAGGAUGUUCUCCUGUGUUGGAGGUUCCAAUUAAUCAUACUUCUAUAUUUAUCUUCCUCUUGUCAUGCAAUACAUUCAUCUCUGCCUUUUUUUUUUUUUUUUUUUGUCAAGAAAACUCUGUCAAUAUUUAGUUAUCUCAUCAAUCCCUAUGGUCCAGUUGAUCCUUCGUUUUUUCUAAGGGGAAAAUCGGAAGGAAGAAUGAAUAAAAAAAAAAAGAAAAAAAAGAAAACCUUGCUGUGCUGUAGCCAAGAAAUGUAAGGCAUGCCGAUGACUUUUUGUUGAAGUUUAAUUGGUUAUGACAAGUGAAAAGCAAAUUCGGUGAAGUUUGCCUUUUCUUUUGUGAU